AUGGGGAAGCUACCGCCAUCACUAAAAACUGGCAAGAACCUAGGGUUACCGAUUCGAUCUUUAUUCAAAAACGUCCAACAAUCCCCUCAAGAAUCAGAACUUGAAUCACAACCUUCCUCUCAUCACAGUCAUAGAAAACCCAAAUCAAUCACCAGAAAACCAAACACAUCCCUCACCACUGCCACAAGCCACCCCUCAUCACCACCGCCCAUAAACUUUACAUCCCCUGACAUCUCCGCCGCCAAAACCCUGUUUAACUCGCUCGCUACCACCACCAGAUAUUCAUCUCUACUAAACAACCGAUUUUGCAACGCGGUCCUCCAAUCUUUCUCAUCUGUCUCCUCGAACAUUCAAGAUUCAAUCAUUUUACUGAAUCACAUGACGAAAAUCCACCCUUCGUUCACCCCUGACAAGUUCUCUUACCACAUCCUCUUAUGCCAAUCAUGCAAAAAACCCGAUUCGGAUCUUGCGAAUGUUAAUAAAACCCUAAAUCUCAUGGCCUCAAAAGGGUUCGAACCCGAUAAGGUCACCACAGACGUUGCGAUCCGAACUCUUUGCAGCACUGGGCACGAAGAACACGCGAUUGAGCUGAUGAAGAAGCUCUCCCAGGUUCAGUUCACAAAACCCGAUACUUAUACUUACAAUUUUUUGGUAAAAGGAUUGAUAAAGACUCGAACUUUGAGUAGUGUGAGUGUAUUCAUAAACGAAAUGAAAGAAGGGUUUGAUGUAAAACCUGAUUUAGUGACCUACACUAUCUUGAUUGAUAAUGUUUGUAACGGGAAGAAUUUACGUGAGGCAAUGAGGUUAUUAGAUGUGCUAAAAGAAGAAGGCUUUAAGCCCGAUUGUUACCUUUAUAACACGAUUAUGAAGGGGUAUUGUAUGUUGAGUCAUGGAGGUGAUGUCUUGAGGGUUUACAAGAAGAUGAUAGAGGAAGAAAUACAGCCUGAUUUAGUCACUUAUAACACUUUGAUUUAUGGGUUAUCAAAAUCAGGUAAGGUUAAAGAAGCUAUAAAGUUUCUAAACGAGAUGGCAAAAAUGGGACAUUUUCCUGAUGUGGUUACAUACACUUCUUUAAUGAAUGGGUUAUGUAGAGAUGGAAAUGCACUUGGUGCAUUAGAAUUAUUGGGGGAAAUGGAAAAUAAAGGAUGUAAUCCGAAUGAAUGCACAUAUAACACUUUGCUUCAUGGGUUGUGUAAGGCUAGGCAUUUGGAUAAAGGGGUUGAAUUGUAUGGGGUAAUGAAAGAGGGUGAUAUGAAGCUUGAAUCAGGGUCUUAUGGGACAUUCUUGAGGACACUUUGUAGGAAUGGGAGAGUUGCAGAAGCUUAUGAAGUGUUUGAUUAUGCUAUAGAGAGCAAUAGUUUAACAGAAGUUGCUGCUUAUACGACAUUAGAGAGUACACUUAAGUGGCUGAAGAAAGCUAAAGAGCAAGGUCUUGCUGUUUGA